CCUCUGACCAAACAACCAUCACUCAAGCCUCGCAUUCACAAUCACAACGCCCUAAACUACCACACCAGCGCCUCCACGAUUGCACGGAUCGAAUACACAAAACCCGCCCCGAGCGAUUACAAGCCUCAAUAACCGCCCAGCAUGUCGGACGGCGCCUUGAAGCCCGAGAAGGACUUCUCGAAGGAGACGGACAAGCAGAUCCCGGAGGCUGAGAAGCUCGCCAAGAGCGAUAUCUCGGCCGCCAUCGAGAAGCUCAGCGUCCUAGAGAAGCAGACCCGCCAGUCCUCAGAUCUUGCGUCGACAUCGCGUAUACUCAUCGCCAUUGUGAACAUCACCAAGGAUGCUGGCGACUGGAGCUUGAUGAACGAGCAGGUCCUGAUCCUUUCGAAGAAGCAUGGCCAGCUCAAGCAGGCCAUCACGAAGAUGGUCCAGGCGGUGAUGGGCUUCCUCGACUCGACCCCGAACCUCGAAACGAAGCUGUCCGUCAUCGAGACGCUGCGGACAGUCACCGAAGGCAAAAUAUUUGUCGAAGUCGAGCGCGCGCGUAUCACCAAGACCCUUUCCGACAUCAAGAAGGAGCAAGGCGACCUGAAGGCGGCAACGGAUAUUCUGUGCGAGCUGCAGGUGGAGACGUUCGGUUCUAUGGACCGCCGGGAGAAGACCGAGUUCAUUCUGGCACAAGUCGCUCUCUGUAUCGAGGUCGGUGACUGGACCCAGGCCAGCAUCUUGAGCCGAAAGAUCAGCACCCGCUACCUGUCGCGAAAGCCGAAGAAGACUCCCGAGCAGCUGGAGAAGGAGAAGAAGGAGCGUGAGAAGAAGAGGGCGAGAGGCGAGGAGGUGCCCGAGGAGAAGGAGGACGACACAACCGACCUUAAGCUCCGGUACUACGAGCAGCAAAUCAUCCUUGCGAAGCAUGAUGACAAGUACCUCGACGUCUGCAAGCACUACCGCCAGGUUCUCGACACCGAGGCGGUUGAGGAAGACCCCAAGAAGCUCCACCCCGUCCUUCAACGCAUCAUCUUCUUUGUCAUCCUUGCGCCGCACGACAACGAGCAGCACGACCUGCUCCACAGAAUCCAGAAAGAUUCCAGAAUUAGCCAAGUCUCUCAGGAGGCCGAUCUUCUCAAGCUCUUCACCGUCCACGAGCUCAUGCGCUGGCCCGAGGUCGCCAAAACGUUCGGCCCCCACCUCUGCGAGACCGACGUGUUCGAUGCCCAGACCGGCCAGUCCGAUGACGAGAAGGCCCACCAACGCUGGUUGGACCUGCGCAAGAGAGUCAUCGAGCACAACGUGCGCGUUGUCGCCAAGUACUACACCCGUAUCCAGACCCAGCGCCUCACCCAGCUGCUGGAUCUCACCGAGGACGAGACAGAGAAGUACAUCAGCGAGCUGGUCACGUCGAAGACGAUCUACGCCAAGAUUGACCGCCCUGCGCGCAUCGUGAGCUUUGCGAAGCCCAGAGACGCGGACGACAUCCUGAACGAGUGGAGCUCCAACAUGAAGAGCUUGUUGGGCCACUUGGAGCGCAUCGACCAUCUCAUUACAAAGGAGGAGAUGAUGGCCAACAUCCAGCCAGGCGCCUCCAAGUCGGGCAAGGGAAAGGCUACCAAGGCGCAUUAGACGUAGACGAUGGUUUAACGGUUUAACGGUUUGCCGGGGUCAAGGCACGGGAUACGGCGUGUAAUUGUAGAGCACUCACUACCUCGGACGAAGGGCAAUGAACCAGACUGGGGGUGGUGUAAAACAUGCUUCGGUCUAUUCUUUGAUGAACCUGUGCUCUAUAAAGUCCCUCACUGUCUAUACCGGAAUUGUCUGGAUCGUCUACUCAUAAUAUGCCGUACCGUGUGUGCU